UAAAAAACUAGUUUCACUUUUCAAACGUCACCCAAAGAGAAGGGAGGUAUUGCAGGAAUAUACUAUUUGCUGAAGGAGGAACUGAGGACACAUGUGUGGGAAGAUACAGUGCCAUAGUUUGGAUGUGGAGCAGACGCGGUGUCUGGGUGUUUUGUGGCUGUGACUGUAUCUGAUGGAAUCGAUGGAUUGGCUGAGGGAUAAUGAGCUCCUGCAGUUUUUCCGGCGAAAUAAAACGGAAAUGUCCUGCAUGGAGAACCCGCAAACCUUUCUGCGACAGCUCCGGGACCACGACCUGCUGCUGGAUGAAACAUACGAGAAGGUGAUUCGCAUGCAGAGUAUUAAAAAAAUAAAGAACGGUCUCUACGAGAUUCUGGACCGGUUGGAGAGUAAGCAACCACAGGACAUCAGAGCGUUCUGGACCUGUGUCUUCAAGGAGACCAUCUUGAACGAGUACCCCACCCUGCGACUGCUGAGAAACGACCUCAUGAACGGAACUUUCCAAUUCGACAUAAAGCAGUCUGAGAGGGCGGAAACAGAGGAGGCAGAUGAAGGGAAAAGGAAGGACGUUUCAGAAGAUGAGGAGGAAGCGGAAAAGCAAGAGAGCCCUGUUAAAAAGAAGAGAAAACUGAAAAAUAGGGACGUGUGCGACGAAGAGGAGGAGCAGCCAGGUCCGUCGUCUCGGGUGACUCCGAGGAAAAGGCCUGAGAAAAUACGCUUCUCCUCUCCCCUGAAGAAGGGAGAGAAGAACGACAUUUGGAACUGGGACCUCUACAAGUCCCAGCUGCCGGUGACCUGUGGAGAGAAGGAGGGGAUACUCAGCAGAAAAAGACUGGCUGAUGGGGAGAAGUGCAUCACUGUUGGGAGACAGUGGUUUUCUCCGGGUGAAUUUGAGAGGUUUGCGGGCAAGGGCAGCUCCAAGAACUGGAAGAUGACCAUUACAUGUUUGGACACCACUCUGGGAAAACUUAUACAGACGGGUCAUCUGAAAGCAGAAAACUACAGAGCAGGAUGCAAAAAGACCAAGAAAACCCUGUUCCCAACUGACGAUGUAACCACAGUGUCCGAGGAAGAAGUAGAUGAGGACUCAGACCAGGAUUCAUCAAGCAGCACAGAUAUUUCCACAGCUGGAACAGAUGAAGAAGGAGAGAGAGAGGAACAGACAGGCGCCAGCCAUGACAGUGGCAGGAAGGUGUUCAAAGUCACAUGUGGACCUUUAGCGGGGGACUUACACAAAAAACGAUUUGCAACAGGGGUCUUAGGGAAGAGUAUUCGUACUGAGACCAGAUGGAUGACCCCAAUGCAGUUCAUGCUGGAGGCAUGUCCAACAUAUUUGUCCUGGAGGAAAGACAUCGAGUGUGAAGGGAAAGCACUCGGUGAUCACAUAAAGGCAAAUAUCUUGAGGAUCCACAAAGUGCGGUGUGAUUGUAACAGUGCAAACCGCGAAGUAAGGAUCUGGGAUGAUGAGAAUAACGAUGACGAGUGUUUCAUCUGUAAAAGUGGAGAAGAAGACAAGUUUGUGAUGUGUGAUACCUGCCCUCGCUCCUUCCAUCAGAAAUGCCACCUUCCUCAUGUAGAGGACAACAUCAUACGCGAUGGAAACCAAUGGAUGUGUACGGUCUGUGUAUACAAGGCCAAUGAAAACCUUUACCCCAGUGAGUCGGGAAGAGGAGCAGCCUUGGCUCGCACAAUAUCACAACGACUGCUGCAUUGCCAAUACCUCCUUCUGUGUCUGCGCAGUGCUGAUAAGGACCAAAUAUUUGCUUCUAACCCAUGUGGUUUGGAACGAUACUCCUCUGUGAUUAAAACUCCGAUGUGGCUGGACAAUGUAGCCGGCAAACUCCAGAAGAAACUCUACCAGACUGUCAGAGAGUUUGUGUCCGACAUCCAGCUCAUUUUCUCCAACUCUGCUUCAUACAACCAAGACAAUGCUGGAUACCUUGCGACGGGAAACAGACUGAAGGAGUUGUUUGACAAGGAAUUUAAUAGUGUGUUCAACAUCUCUGAACAAACUGUUGGCUGACAGAUUUCAUUUUUUAAGCUCAGUAGAUAUAGAUACUGGGAAACGGUUUCAAAAUGUGUAAAUAGCCCUGUUUUCGAUAAUAUAUUCCAAACAGAAAAGUUGCUAAUCAAAAGAGGGCAAUGGAACUUUACUUGAUUUAAGACACAAAUUAUCUAGCUUACCUAACGUACUUUUUAAAUUACAUUGAAUUUCACAGUGUAAACCUGUGGAAGGUACAUCAAAAGAUGUCGGAUAGACAGGUCAUAAACAGUACUUCCAGAUAGGUUAGAAGUUGUAAUGUCACUUGAGUCAGCGUUGCCGCUUUGUAUACAAUCCGGGGGGGGGGAUAGAUUAAUCAUUAAUGUAAUAAGUGAGAUGGCCAGACCUUUUGAGUCGGCUCCAUAUCUCUGCUUGUGUAAUUUAACUAAUAUAUUCUCCAACCUUAUGUUUCGUUUCAGUCAAAGGUCCAAAAGUUUUUCCGGUUAAAGUUUUCAACUUCCUAAGUGUUUCAGCUCCAGGGUGCAAAGUGAGCAUGUGCUGAUCGUGGGGAGAAGAUGUCUCUCUGGCAAGAGUACAGCAGCACUGCAGCAAUUUGACUGUUUUAACGUUUUCCAAAUAACUUUUAUACUGUCAAGAUAACUUUCAAAGAAUGUUUACUGUAACCAGCUACCUUGUUUCCUGCUCUGAUAUCCAUUCAGGUUUUAUUAUCCAAUAGUAUGAAUAUAAUAAAAAAUUGGCAAAUAUAUUAAUAGAUAAUAGCAACACUGACUUUAAAUGGUGUUUUAUUGUACUUCAUUUUGUAGUAGUAUAGACAUGUUUGGACUUUUCAGUCUCAUCCUGUGUAAUCAACAAGUUGUUCAAGGAAGACAAAUGCGUGAACAAAGUAUCUUGAGUGCAUUUUGCAUUAAAAAAAAAAUGCAUUAUUGAAUUUCUUUACUCAUAAAAAGGUUAAGUGUGGUAUCAUUAAUAUUUGUUUAAUUGUUUUCUUAAGUUUUGACAGCUUUUCUUUAACCCAAGUGUUUACAAUGGAGGUGUUUUAUAUGAAUGUGUGAUUUUAUUCAAAGGAAAUGUAACUCCCAACAUUAUUUUCAAUGACACUUUAUUUUAAAGAAUAAUCACGUUAGGAUAAGAGGGUUUCAUAAAGUAUCAAUUAUGAAUGUAUGGUUUGUGAAAGUCAGAAUUUGACUUUGUAUGAUAUUGCUUGUUUGAUAAACCUGCUUGCACUUCA